AAUUGGGAUACCGGUACUAGAACGCGUACGAACGCUUUUUGUUCCGGCUUGGCUAAUCCCUCGAACACGUCCGGAGCUACCAAUUUUUUUUUCAACGUGGUAACACAAGAAAACAACGGAGAAGUUUCCGUGCAUUGAUUGCGUUCUCUUUGAUAAAGCAUAGCAAGAUGACAGCUUCAGAUCUUUUCUUCCCAUUGGUUGCAACCUCAGCUGCUUCCGCUGUUGCUGGACUAGUACUCUUGCAGACGGACAUGGUGUCUCGCAAGAUUCUUGACCCCGAUCAACUCAAUACAAAACGACGAUCGGAGAGUCGAUACUCAUGGAAAAAGUCCGUUGAUAGAGCGAAGCUUCUAAUGGACUACAGCUUGGCAGGUGGUCAACGAAUUUUGACUGAUGAUCCAGAAAUAGUCAUGAAACACACGGAGUAUAUUUCGAAGGAGGACGAACUAGAUUCCCUUAUUAAGAAAAUUGUCGAUAGGAAGGAUUCGGAAUCUAGAUUUUAUGCCCUGAAAAUCGAUAAAGAUCCCCUAGAUGCCAGUGAAGAAUUCUAUUUAUACAUAAUCAAAGAGCAAGAACAGAAGAAUGUCAAAACUCUGUAUCAAAUCCCGCUCGUGAAGUUUGGAUUGAAACUUGCGCAGGCUUUCGAAGACCAACUGACCACAACAGCGCUCUGCUUUGUAGCAGAUGCCAGUUCUGGAAAGGCGACAAGUAUGUUGGAAUCUUUAGUAACAGAAUCAAAAUCUGGGGUGGCCGUCGUAUCGGAGCCCCUCUGGAUGAUCCAAAUAGCUCGACUGGCAGAAGCUUCCAUCGUCGCUAAAUCGAAAAUCCAAAAACUUAUCUUUGCUCUUUGUCGACUGGAUGCAUGGAGUGUUCGACAUAAGGUAGGCGAUGCCAAAACGGUUAUGUUCACUCUUCCCGGCCAAGCUGUAGUAGGCACACUCUUACCACUGGUUCAGAGUGCCUUUCCGGAAGACCGCCAUGUCUUUGCGUAUGAUGGGUGUGUGGAGUCCGUGAAAAGAGGCAUCUACGCAGAGCGCAUGUACAAGCAUAAUAAGCUCAUUCCUGAUCUGAAAUCAAUAAUCCAAGGCAUGGGCAAGGAUCCGUUGCGAAUAACGACUCCGCUGCCGUCCAAUUCUCCGCUGAGUCAUGAUGCUUCUCUCGGAGGUAGAGGGGGUGCUAUGGAGCGAGCCUUCUCACAGGUCCCUGUAAAACAAGCACGAAUCGUGGAAGCCUGGCUUAGUAGCAUCGACGCAUAUUUCAAACUGAAGAACGAAGAGACAACCAACGGAUAUGUGCCCUAUUGCUUUAAGCUGGGCUUCCUAACAUCUCCGGUAGGAGAUUUUGAAUACGGAACGGAUUCGUACUGGUCUCUGAACUCUUUUCUGCAAUAUGUAACAGGUUGCCAAGGACGGAAAGUUCAAGAACAUGUAAUUGAUGCCGCCAGAGAAUGGAUGAAAGACUAUAAUUCAGAACAGAAAGCAGAAGAUGGAUCAUUUGAAACGUCGGUGAUUCUAUCGGAACACGAACGAAAAAUGAUUGAAAAUUGUUGUUUUCAGCACAAGCAAAUACUGAUUGGUAACAAAACAUUACAGGACACUGUUCUUCCCAAAGAGCACUGGACAAUGAAACAAGCAUCUCGCAACGGAUGCUCCUGCUGUGGACCAGAUCCCUAUGACCAAAUGGAGGAGGAGGAAUCAGAUGUCAUGGAAGAGGCCAAGUCGAACAAUGCGAUGACGGGUAAUUUCGGUGCAGGAAAACCGAACAUGACCAUUGGUAUGAAUGCGAAUUCAUCCAGACAAACCGGUUACGUCGAUGCGACUCAGGUAUUUGCUUUCGAUCCAACGCGCUUCACAACAUAAAACGUCGUUUUCUCUGAUAGUGCGCUUCUGUAAUCGUCAUGUUUCUCACUUCGAAACUCGUGCAAUAGACAUGCCUGUUACCCUUACACGGAUUUUUUUACUUGAAAUCGUACGAAAUCACUGUCUUCAUCUCGAGUUCGUCGCCUUAAAUACAGCUCGUAUAGAGUGUAAGAAAAAAUUGAUAGGCCACUACAAAUCGUUUUCAAGUUUUGAAAAACAAAUGUUAUAAUAUCAC